UCAAACCCGGGCUGAAUCCCAAAUGGCUCCGUACUCACUAAAUAGUGUGCUAGUUACGAAAGUUUAGAAAUUCUAUGCUCUACAGCCAACAGUGCAUCAUUCAUUGUAUGGAUGAGUCCCAAAUGACUUUCUUAGCUAUAUAUUGCACGGUUGGGGUGCAGGAUCCAGUAUUUAAAUCCCUACAUAGUGCACUAUGUAGGAAGGAGGGAACCAUUUGAGAUUCAGCCCCAAUACAAGAAGAUGGAGCCACUGGAUUGGUGCUACAAUGUUAAUUUGGUGACCAAAACUCAAAACUCCGUCUUAAUUUCCCAGGUGGAGCCUGCAGCACCAAGCUCAUGUGGAAGAAGGAUGUUGCAGAGAGUGCUGUCCACAGUCCGCUCCUUGGUUGAGCGCCUCAGAUCCCGUUCCUCGGCUCGGUGCAUACAAGCUGAGGUAGAAGAUGAGCAUGAGGAAGUUUCUCAACCACCUCAGCUGAUUCCACUCGGAGUGCCGGCUGUAAACCUGAAGACCUGCAGAGACUUCAGUAAAUCUGCUCCUUUGAAGAAAGGCAGUCGGGCUGCUGUGAGGAUCACUAUUGGGAGAACGGUGAAGUACACCGUGCAGCAGCCCUACAGCGACCCCAUGUGCUUUGAUGAAUGGAAACACUUCUUGCUACAGAUCCAGAAGGAAGACAUUUGCGGUGUCCAGCAGUCGAGUUCGGUGGUGGUGGAACUGAUUAUGGUGGAUCCUGAUUUAACCACCCCCGUACUCAUUGGCAGAGACACCAUUAUGUGGCAGGAAAUCCUUAAGAAAUCUUCAUUGAGUCAUCAGUUUAAUUUGAGGCUCAUGCAGAAGAAAGUCUGCAAGCUGGACGCAGAUCUGGCGUUCUCAUAUGGCUCAAUGGGAUAUGGAUAUUCUCAUCAGAUCAAACAUGCAGGAAGGACCAUUGAGAGUCUUGUAGAGAAAUCUCUCUCUCCCUGCUGCCCUCCUAAUGAAGACUGAGAUCCAUUAUGUAAUGUGAUCACCCCCUCCGCACGGACCCGACUGGACUUCGUUCCCUCUGUGAUGCUGCAAGCAGUGGCGCAAAAAGGGGGUAUGCGGCGCAUAUGGCCGUUGCACUAGAGGGGCGCCAAAACGAUGCCGGAAAAUUAUUUCUAGUCUGCAUUUUCUGUAAGAGCUGUUUGUUCAAGUAUGAUAAUACACAUCAAAAAACAGCACAGCACUAAUCAGGCGCCCGUCCACUCCGCCCCCCCACCCUCCUGUCAUUUGCUCC